AUGUCUGAUUGCAGGAAAGUGAAGGAUCCAACAACUACUGAUAAGCCAAAGGAAGGAGUUUCUAAUUCUGUGAAUGACUUAAAAGGAAGGGAGAAGAUUGGAAAUCCAGUAGAAGUUCAUAAGGGUUUUCCCUCUAAAAUUGUUGCAAACCAGAAUGCUGGGGAGUCUUACAAAUGCCAUGAGGUGUAUGGUUCUCAAAUGUCUGCUCAAUUGGAGAGUGAUACCAGAAAUAAGUACUUAUUUUCUCAAACAGAUCAGGGUACUACCCCUUUCGUUUCUGAAAAAUCUCAUAGAAGAGAUCCAAUGCCUAUUGAUGGUAACUCGAGGGAUGCAUUGGAUGAGGUGGUUUCAAUUGUUAGCUCUUCUCCAGUGAGGGUUUAUGAGCAAGAAGGUGCUGUUUUGCCUGAGGUCAUUAACUGUGGUCUUAAGACUCAAAUGGAGGAUGUGCCCCCGAAUAUAGUUUUUGAAACUCAUGAUAAAUUGAAGGAGGUUGGUGUUCAUUCCAAGGAUGAUAUUGACAUGCUAAAACAUUUGGAUCCUCUUGGGAGAGGGUUUUAUUCUGAUGGGGAACGAAUGAAUUUUUGCUAG